AUGACUCCCAAGACACAACCAUCAUCUUCUUCUUCUUCAUUGCUACUUAUCUCAUUCUUUUUACUACAUCUUUCAGUUAUUCUCCCUUCACCAGUUCUCUCAGCCACUCUUCGAUCCGAUAUUCAAACUCUAGAGUCUAUCAUACGCAGCAUUGAUCCAAGCUCCAUCUCCCCAUCCUCUUACCUCAGCACAUGGGACUUCUCCGAAGACCCUUGUGAAGGCUCAGGAACGUUCUUGGGAGUAAUGUGCUCUUUCCCACUUGAGAACACGACUAGCCGAGUCACAGAGAUCGACCUUGACGAUGACGGUUAUGACGGUUUUCUCUCCGAUGCAAUAGGGAACCUCACUGAGCUCACUGUCCUCAGCCUCAACAGGAACAGAUUCCGAGGUCCAAUACCUGAAACUGUGUUCCAACUCAGGAAACUCACCAAACUCUCUCUCACUGAAAAUUUCUUCACCGGAGACAUAUCCCCAGCGAUCACGCGGCUCAAGGAGAUCAAAACCAUAGACCUGUCAAAGAACAGCAUCGCCGGUGAGAUCCCUCCAAGAAUCUCAGCCCUGAGAAGUCUGACUCACCUGAUCCUAUCAAACAACCAUCUCGACGGAAGAAUACCUGCGCUCAACGGCUUGUGGAAGCUCCAAGUGUUGGAACUCGGUAACAAUCAUCUAUUCGGAAUGCUUCCUAAGCUUCCUCCAAGUCUAAGAACUCUCUCCAUCUGUUUCAACAGCCUCGCAGGACGUAUAUCUCCCUUGCAUAGGCUGAAACAGCUUGUGUCCUUAGAUGUGAGCCAGAACAGAUUCUCAGGCACCAUUGGCCAUGAAAUCCUAACGUUCCCAGACAUCUCACGCAUCAAUGUGUCUUUUAACCAGUUCAUAUCCAUAGAGGUUGUUCAGGUUACAGGCAUGGAGUCUCGCCUGCGCAGUCUUGACGCUGAAGGUAACCAUUUACAGGGCCACCUUCCCCUGAACCUGGCAAGUUAUGCAAACUUGAAGGACAUCAAUCUACGGAGCAACAUGUUCUCCGGAGAUAUUCCAAGGAUUUAUGGGAAAAGACUUGAGAACUCAUGGAGAAGCUUGUACUUGGAGAACAACUACCUCACGGGAUCACUUCCUGAGGAGUUUCAAAGGAUCUCCAAACUCACCAGAGGAAGCCUUUCCAAUAACUGUCUGCAAUGUCCCAACAAUGUCUCAAUCUGCCAAGGAAUACAAAAGCCGAAAUCACAAUGCACCAAUGCAAUGCAGGAGCGAUUGGAGUAG